CUAUAUUUAUCCGUUGUUUCUCAUUUCCUCAUUUUCCUCCCUCGUUGAUUAUCUAUUUCUUUCACACAGUCAGUGGAGGAGAGACUUCUUGCACUGGUCACUGAACUCUGCCAUCUCCCAUUCCCAUGUCCAUGGGUCAUGAGCAGGGCAAAUUGUGGGGCGGAAGAGAAUUUGCAACAACUGGUUCCCCGGUCAGCUACAGAGAGCGUUAGAGUAUGGUGCAGCAUGGAGGCCAAAUUGACCACCAUCUCCAGGUCACACUAAUCCCAUUAUACACCCCCAUCCCACCCCAGUCCAUCAGACCAUAGAACAUAGAGCAAAGAACAGACAGCACAGGACAAGUCCCUCAGCCACGAUGUUGUGCCAACCUGUUAACCCACUCCAAGAUCAAUCUAACCCUUCCCUCCCAAGGAGCCCUGCAUUUUCUAUCAUCCAUGUGCCUAUCUAAGAGCAUUUUAAAUGUCCCUACUAAUCAAUCUGCCCUUACCAUCACCGCGGUAGCGCGUUUCACGCACCCAACCAAUCAGAUCCCUCCUUCUAAACUCCAGCGAGUACGGGCUCAGAGCCGACAAGCGUUAACCCCUCCAUCCCCAGGAUAAUUGUUGUAAACUCCCCCUGGACCCUCUCCAAUGCCAGCAUAAGGGACCCACGAGCCGCUCGCAAGUCCGGUCGGGCCUUUGCCUUAUAAAGCCUCAGCAUCACAUCCUCCUGCUAUUGCAUCUGGACGGGUUCCAAGAAUGUUCAACGGGACCGACACCUGAAGUAGCUGAGAAAUCUUUAUUUGGAAUCUCUUGCGUGCUUUUAUUUUUCGUGUCGUGAUGACUUCGCAUUGGGCCACCGGCGGCAGAAGUUUGGGAACGCAGCCUUUCACUAGACCCUGACUAAUCCCGGAUCGGGGAGACGGGGCAAGCACCCGUCUCUGAUUUACGGACGCUGGUGUUACGCCGGGCGAAGGGUGAACGCAGAGGAACUGCGACCUCUCGGAGGGGAAGAUCUUCAGACACUCGGGAACCCUUGGAGACGUGAGCGUUGGGCUGCACCCGAGCUGCCCGCGAACGGGAGGAAGAGCGGCGUGAGACGCAGAACUCGGUCGGUUGUGGAGAGCCGGUGUCCCCGCCGUUCGGAGAGCGCCGGUCCGGUCGCCGGGCGAGACCAUGAACAAGAGCUGGUACGGUUGCCCCAAUCACACCGGAAGCUGCUCGAAUUCGCACCUGGGGUUCAUCCACUGGCUGACGCUACCACUUUCCGGCCUCAUCGUGGCCGGGAACGUCCUCAUCAUCGUGGGUAUCCUCGCCAACAGGGGGCUGCACACCACCACCAACUGGUUCUUCCUGAGUCUGGCGUUCUCCGACCUGGGCACCGGCAUCGCGCUGCCCUCCUUGCCCAUUAUGAUCCCCGAGCGGCCGCUCGCCUCCCCUCUCCUCUGCUUCUUCGUCCACCUUUUCCCCAAUUUCACCGUGCUCUCCCUCCUCGCCAACCUGGUGCUCGUGCACGGUGACCGAUACCUCUACAUCGCGCGCCCGCUGCGGCAUGGCGACUGGUUGCGGCGACGCGCCCCCGCGGCCAUUCUGGCCGUCUGGCUGCUGCCCCUGCUCUUCGCCUCGUUACCGCUGCUGGGCUGGAACUGCUGGCCGGAGCGGGAGGAGCCCAGCUGUUGCCACUUCAGCUACGUCUUCACGCAGGAGUACAUCUAUCUGGAAGUCUACGGUCUGCUGAUGCCGUCCAUCCUAAUCACAUGCACCAUGAGCGCUUGCCUCCUCCGCCUGGCCCGAAGGCAGAUGCGGGACAUUCAGAGGCAAUGCAGGGCGGUGCGAGGCGCCAGGAGCGAGAAGGGGGGAGCAGGGAGCACGGAGGGAGGUGCGAGGCGAAUGGAGUGCGCCCAGGAGCGAGGAGGGGACCCGGCGUCGGUGUUGGAGCACCGGCUCAAUCUCAGGUAUGCCCGCAGCGUCACGGGCUUCCUCCUCAUCUUCCUCCUCUGCUGGCUCCCCUACAUCUUCCAUCUGCACGCCCGCUUCCUGCUGCCGGACGGGGGACUCCGCACUCACAUCAUCCUGUCCUGCCUGGGCAUCAGUAGUGCCGCCCUCGUCCCUUUCGUGCUGGCCCUCAGUAACAAGGAGUACCUCCGGGUGUGGACUCAAGUCUCCGCCCGGGCCCGACGGCGGCUGGGCGAGGGCCUGGCGGCGUUUCCCAUGCAGCAAAUCGGGGGUUCACGCCCCCCACCGGUCCCGGCCGCGCCGACGGGGGGCAGUGCUGCCGCACAUACAGGGAUCGGGUGAGGGCCGCAGCUCAGGUAAAACCUCACUUCGCUGUCCCCCACUCUCGCUCCGUUCCCGACCCGCCCCGCCCGGGAUCCCACGGUGCCGAGAAGAUCAGGGGUAUUCUCUGUCCGGCGUCCGCCACAGGAGGACGGGGGCACCGUCAGUCACGUUGGCGAGGUCUUGCGGUGUACUGUACAAUUUUGGUGCAAUCGUUUCAACUCCCGAAACAGCAACAGAACGGUGCGGUGGACCAGCGGGCCGGUCAGUGUCUGUGGAAAGGGAACGGGAGUUCCCGUUUGAGGUCAACAGCACAGGGGUUAGCUCUGUUUUUUCCCUCUACAGACACCGCCCGACCUGCUUAGCACCUGGCCCCCUUUCCUUCCAGCUCUGAUGAAGGUUCUCACUCCGAAAUGUCGACUUUUUAUUACCCCACAUAGAUGCUGCCUGACCUGCUUUGUUCCUCCUGCAUUAUGUGUGUGUACGUUGUCUAGAAACUUCUAUGGAGCAUUUUGCUGUUUUACAACGGGGUCUUUUAAAUGUCCCUGAUGUUUCUGCCAUCACACAACCAGCAACAGGGUGUUCCACACAACCAACACACUCUGUGUAAAAAAAAAACACAAACUUACCUCAGCUGUCCAACCUAUACUUUCCUCCCUUCACCUUAAAAUUAAGCCCCUCAUAUCAGCAAUUUCCAUCCUGGGGAAAAGGGUCUCUGGCUGUCCACUCUAUCCAUGCCUCCUAUCAUCUUGUACAUCUCUGUCAAGUCGCUUCCCACCACCUCUACACCAGAGAGGAAAACCUAGCUCAUCCAACCUAUCCUCAUGGGACAUACCGUCUAAUCUAGGCACCAUGUACCUGUCCCAGUAGUUGUUAAUGUACCUGCCUCAGCUCAUUCCCGA